AAUUGGUGGGUGGCCAUGGUGCCUAGCAACCGGCUGCCAGCACUGGCCUGUGGAGAGAGGAGGUCACAAUGGCUGAGCCAACCGUUGUUAUAACCUCCACCACAGUACCUAGAGAAGACCUGGGUCAUGGGGAGCCGAUCCUUACAACUACGAAACAAGCCCAGAAGACUCCAGGUCUUGAGAGAGAAGGAUGGUGGAGGCUCACAAUAACGAAUACUCCAAUACCUGGUACAUACCAUUUAAGGAGUUUUAUUGAAGAAUCCCUAUUAAAUCCAGUGAAAAUAACCUACAAUUUUAAAAACGAAGGGAGGAAAAGGCCCCCUCUUGUGCUGAGAAACGAUCCGGUCCCAACUGACCUCCCGCACUAUAGUCCUCCCGACUUUCUGGAGCUGUUGAAGAAGCAGACGGCCUCAUACUCUUUCAAGGACAAGCCCCGGGCAGACCCCAGCACACUAGUUGACAAAGAUGAGUCACUUUAUCUUUGUCCGGGACAGUACGAGACACUUCCUGCACCGGUUCCCAAGAGUCCGGCCAGAAACUUUGUAUUUCGUUCUACAGUCCAAAGAUUCCCACCAAACUAUUUCACUCCUCAUGAGGGCCCUGGGCCAGGUGACUAUGACUCGAGAGCACCCCGAACAGGCUCUGUGACUUCUUGUUUUCGGUCUAAGGUUCCCCGAUUCUUGCCCAUCAGUUCAAAAACACCAGGCCCAGGAGCAUAUACAUCUUCAAGACAGUUCCCUAGGCAGUCCUCAACCAUCGCCAAAAUGGGUAGAGAACACAGCCUCUUCUUCAAUAACACAAUUGGCUUUUAAAAUAAAAACAAUAUUGGUGCCAAGCU